CCCCUGGGUGAUGAUGUAACUAAGAUGGCGGCGCAGUGAAGACUCCGGUGUACCAGGAGCUCAUCAUGGAGAACUACCAGAAGGUCCGCGUGGAGGAGAAGCCGGCCGAGUCGCCUUUCACUUCCCUCCCCCCAGACGUCAUCGACAUGAAGGUCAAAGACGGCAGCAAAAUCCGCAACCUCAUGGGCUUCGCCAUCGGCAAGAUGGAGAGCGAUAGCGUGCGCCAGAUUGUGUUCAGCGGCACGGGCAAGGCCCUCAGCAAGACCCUCACCUGUGUGGAGAUCAUGAAGAGGAGGGUGAAGGAUCUGCACCAGAUCACCAAGAUCUUCUACAGGCAGACCGAGGAGAUCUGGGAACCCAUCGUACCCGAGGUGGGCCUGGACCCGCUGACUGUAAAGCGCAACUGCCCCUCCAUUUGCGUCCUCCUCAGCAAGGACGCCCUGGAUACCGCCGAGCCCGGGUACCAAGCCCCCGGCAGCUACGAGUCCCAGUGGAUCCAUGAACUGAAGGUGGAGAACCAGGGGCCGAAGAGAAAGAAGCCCGGCCUGGGCCGAGCUGGGGCGAUGGGACGGAAGCAGCAAAGGCCACCUGGCGGCCGAGGGGAGACCCCUAAGCAGUCAUAG